ACUGCGUUAGAAACUGUAAGCGGGAUCUCUCCAAGAAGUCGCACUUGGGAGCCCCAAGCACUGGAUCGAAGGGUGUGAAGAAAAAAAAUGACACUCCAAUGGGCGGCAGUUGCAACUUUUCUUUAUGCUGAAAUAGGACUCAUUUUAAUCUUCUGUCUACCUUUUAUUCCUCCUCAGAGAUGGCAGAAGAUUUUUUCAUUUAACGUCUGGGGUAAAAUUGCAACUUUCUGGAACAAGGCUUUCCUUACUAUUAUAAUCCUAUUGAUUGUUCUGUUUCUAGAUGCUGUAAGAGAAGUAAGAAAAUACUCCUCAACUCAUGCCAUUGAAAAGGGCACAGCCAACAGACCUGCUGCUUAUGAACAUACACAGAUGAAACUUUUUAGGUCUCAAAGAAAUCUUUACAUUUCUGGAUUUUCAUUAUUUUUUUGGCUAGUGUUGCGACGUCUGGUUACUCUUAUUACUCAACUGGCAAAAGAACUGUCAAACAAAGGAGUACUUAAAGUUCAAGCAGAAAAUACUAACCAGGCUGCCAAAAAAUUCAUGGAAGAGAAUGAAAGACUAAAACGGCUCUUGAAAAGCUAUGGCAAGGAAGAAGAACACAUUUUGGAAGCAGAAAAUAAAAAACUAGUAGAAGACAAAGAAAAACUGAAGACUGAAUUAAAGAAGGCAUCAGAUGCCCUUUCUAAGGCACAAAAUGACGUGAUGACAAUGAAGAUACAAUCAGAGAGGCUUUCGAAAGAAUACGACCGACUCCUGAAAGAACACUCAGAACUUCAGGAUCGUGCAGGGCAAGGCAACAAGAAAGGCCUGUGAACUUUAUGAAAGGAGAUCGUAAUACACCCUGUCAAGAUGAUGAACUUGUUAUCAUGUUAGCCUCUAGAAUAUUUAAAAUUCAGUUCAGAAAAAUGUACUAUGGCCAAUAUUUUUUUUAAUGCCACACACAUAGGCUGUUAUCAUAAUGGCAUUAUCACAAUAUUUGAUGGAUUUUCAGGUAUAUUGUAAAGUCUGUAUUCUAGGUCUUAAGUAAAAUGUAAGCAUGUUAAGCACCUUCUUUAGAUACUGAUAGUAACACUGGUGUAUGGUGGCCCUUUACCAAUAAAAGGAAAAAUUCAUUAGCCAGUUACUUCCAAAAUUAAUUUUUAAGCUGCAUGAAACCAUUAAAUGGCCUUAAAAGCUUUGAUGAAUUUCCAAUAAUAAUACUAAUCUGCUUGUUCAGAUGAUGAUAUAUUUGAAACUAGUAUUCAAUAUCAGAAAAUUUGUUCAUAGGGAGAUUGAAGAAGGAUAAAUGAUUAGAAUUAGCCACUGUAUUUAGAGGGAAGAGUCAGAAAGAGCAAAAAUAAAAACAAUGACCUCAAUUGUGUUUUUUAAGCCUGCUGGUACUAUAGUUUACUGUCAUAAGACAGCUAUAUUGAUAAUUAUAUUUUUUUACUGUGCUUCUACACCUGUUGGACUAUUUGUGUUGACAUUUGUUAAUAGCACAUAAUUGGUAAGCAUUCUACCUUUUAAAAAGUUAAUCCAGGAAUGGAGUUUACAUCUAUUUGCAUAACUGCCAUAGCAAUGAAUGGAAAUUAUUUUACAACAAUGUGGAAUUCUUGACUUAGAAGUUAAUGUAUAACAUACCCAAAAAGCAGUAUUUCCCAUCGCGUGAGAGUUGCUAAUUAUACAGAUAUUACCUCAAAUAUAAAUACACUGGUGUCACAAUUUCUUUGAGAUAUUUCUGUAUUCUGAAAGCUAAACAUUAAGUACCAUUUUUCCAUUCAAAUAUUACUUAGUUUCCUUUAGAUGAUGAUGAUUGUAAUGUUAAUGUGAUGUAGGUUAUUCCAGUGUUUAGACUUGAAAGCCAUCUUCCUUGUCUCAUAAAGACCUAAAUGUAAAAGAAAUGGAAAAUAAUUACUGAAGUUUUUAACUUUCCUGAUACUUGUUUUAUCCUUUGUUGUUUACUGUCAUUUCAGCACGAACUUCAUGUGUAUUUUUUUUCAUUGUAAACUGGGUGAAAUGAGCAAGUACAUAAGAAUUUUAUCUCAGAAAGAAUCAGGAGGUACUGCUAGGGAACAGACAUGUAGGAGACAUUUAGCAGUGUAAGAAAUAGGAGUUAGACCAUAUGGGCUGACAACACCAUACAUAACAAGGCUGGGGAGUGCUGACAGUGGAGGGAACUGCCCACAGGACAGCUUGGGGCAGCAACUGAGAAACGCUGGGGUAAACAGGUAGAUAUUGAGUGUUUGUGAUCCUGGCCUAGUGAACAGAAAUCAGAUCUGUUGACAGAACAACACAGAAAAGUAGAAAAUACACAGCUUUAGAAUUGGUAGAACCAAAAUCUAAUCCCAGCUUCACCACUAAUUUAGCCACGGAUUUUUGAACGAAUUCUUUAAACUUGCUAGACAUCCAUUUCGUCGUCUCCAAGGUGGGAAUCAUAAGGUUUGGGUCAAGAUCACUACAGAAACUAAGAUGACACAGUGAUUCUCAAAGUUGUUCAGAUGGUACAGCAAGGGGAAAUCUAGGCGCUCUUUGAAGAGCAGGAGGAUUGGAAAGUUCCCGAGAGAGCACUUGAAAGUGUGCAGUUAAGUGUUCUUAGUCUCUCAACUCUCUGUUUUACAGAUCUGCAAACUGAGGCCUCAGAAGUUUGAGCAGUGUUCCCAAGAUAACAAGGAUCUGAGACCCAGGGCUAGAAUUUGGGUCUGAAGUUCAGGUAUCCUGGUUCCCCAGAUAUUAUGCUAGCCUUUAUACACAAAUUAGCUAUAGUUUGCUUUAAAAAAAAAAAUUGCCAUGUAUUAACCAAGGUUUGAACCAGGGUGCUUGGCUCCCGAGUCUUGUGUGCUGUCUACCACAACGAAUGCCUCUAGGCUCUGCUUGUUGGUUCUUAUGAUGCUCUGUGCCAGAGAUGUUAUGUAGCAAAUCCUAUUAAAACUAACAGAUAUUC